AUGGUGACCGUGAGAGAGGAGAUGCGUAAGGGGCCAUGGACAGAGAAGGAGGACAUGCAACUGGUAUGCACGGUCCGCCUGUUUGGUGACCGUCGUUGGGACUUCAUUGCCCAAGUCUCAGGCCUCAACAGGACAGGAAAGAGCUGUUGCCUGCGGUGGGUGAACUACCUUCACCCUGGCCUCAAGCAUGGCCGCAUGUCACCACAAGAAGAACGCCUUAUUAUUGAGCUCCAUGCUCGGUGGGGGAACAGGUGGUCUAGGAUAGCACGGAGGCUGCCAGGGCGCACAGACAACGAGAUCAAGAACUACUGGAGAACACACAUGAGGAAGAAAGCACAGGAGAGGAAGAUGAGCCUGUCAUCACCUUCAUCCUCAUCCUCCUCACUGACAUACCAAGCCUGCCUUCUUGACACCGUUCCAGUCAUUGGGAUGGGCAGUGGUGACACACACAAUGGUAGCUGCGUCACCAGCGCCCUCGAGAACACACAGAGUGCCAUGGAUGGAUAUCCCAUGGAUCAGAUAUGGAAGGAGAUUGAGGCACCGCAGGCACCUACCUUGCUGGGUAUUGCUGAAGGAAAAGAGAAGACAUGCAGCAGUAUCCCCUGUCAUCUACCAUCACCUGCUAUGUGGGAUUACAAAUAUCCUGAGGUAUUCUGGAAGAUGGAAGAUCAAGAAAUCAUGAUGUGA